GAAAUCCAGGAACUCAGGGCAUUGGUGGCCAGUCAGGCAGCUAUCACUGAGAGCCUGAGGCAGCAAACCCAAGAAAAAGUGGAUAAAUAAGAAAGCAACAAAUAGGGAGAGCAGAGGCAGCCGGGACAAGUUUUGCCAGGACAACCAUCUGCGGCAAGGCCUCGCCAAGAGCCACCUAUGGGGAGAGUUAUCUUGGAGCCAGAGGAGGCGAGAGCCCAGAGACAGGCAGAGAGAGAGGCGUUCGAGUUUAGAGCCCCUACUGAGCUCGCGACGCUGCCAGUGGUAGCGGCAGGCCCAGUCGUACCUUUGGCGAUUGAGGAGGGGCUACCGCCAUCUAGCAGUGAGCUGGCUCAGGGGUCAGCAGAGGGAUCCAUGAGCGUACUCCUUGAGGCAGUGCAUACCAUGCAGAAAGAGGCGAGUUUGUUUUCACCCGAGCAGAGGAUAGAGGAGAUGGGGAUUAAGGCGGAGGGUGUCAUCAAAAGCAGGCUCCAGAGGAUGGGCACACCUGAGUAUGAACCAGAGGAGAUUGAGGAGCAGCCCACGACAGUGCUAGGAGAGAUACUCGAGAGGAGACCUCAGAGGUUGGACACGCCUGAGUACGUCCCAAUGACAGGGGAUUUAAAGAGCAGACUGGGAUCUUGGGCUACUGGAUCUGGGUCUGGGGAACCGGUUCCUGGGACAGAGCAGCAGGAGGUCGUUAGUACCGCAGCCCCUCGAUCAGAGCAACAUGAGGUUGUCAGUACCUUGGUAGGAUCUCCUUCAUCGCCACCUCCUCAGCCCAGGAAGAAGAAGUUCAAGAGGAAGGUAGAUCAACUAUGUUUCUACUGCAAGAGGGGCGUGCAUCAUGCUCUGGACUGUCUCGAGUUUCUUGAGGAUAAGGCAGCAGGGAAGGUCUCAGAGGUAGGAGGUAAGAUGUAUGAUAGACAGGGUAGGAUAGUAGAGAAGUCCGCAGAUGGACUUAGGGCUCAGUUAUAUAGGCAAAACCAAAAGGAGUUGAGGAGAUAGUGUCGGUUUGUCUAUGUAAGUGGGCGAGUAUCUUGUGAGGCAUCAGCUUA